AUGUUCUUGAUGAAUUUACUGUGGUUAUUAGUAGAAGGCAACAUAGUCCAUGUAUGGUCAAUUAAUGAAGGGUAUGGUGAUGAUGUGGCGCCCAAUAAAAACACGGAAAAAUUUAAAAUUAUCAGUAAACCCUGCGAUAAGAAAGCCGAUUUGUUUAUGCUGCAACAUAAACACCUUAGCGCCGAAGGAUUUGAUGCUCCACCGCCAGCUGGAUCAACUAUAUGGCCGUUUUUUGUAAAACGUAUAGCCCAUUCAAAUUUACUUCUCGUUGUUGUAAAAAAUGCAGAAAGCAGUCAAAGUCAUUUGAGUGUUAAUCCAGUUAAAGUGGAGUAUAAAAACACAUCAGGUAUAAUCACAGAUCAUAGUUGCAACAAACUGAAUCUCAACUCUUUUUAUAGACGCAAACUGGGAGGAUGUUAUAAUAGUCAUCCGGAGGAGCCAAACACCAAAGUGUGUUCAAAAUGGUGGUCAAAAUUACCAGAAAUUUGUGUUGUGAUUCAACGUGUUUUGGUGUACCUCGUUGCUCGUGAGGACAGUAGUGCGAAGACUAGAGAUCCUGUUCCGGCUGCAUUCAGUGUGUUUUUGUUAGUGAAGUCAUCGUCAACAGUUGCUGGCACACAUUCGCACGUACUCAGGGUCAAUUUGAUUUUUAUUGUAACUUAUUGA